AUGUACAAUAUGGAAUCACCAACAAAAGAUUAUUCCAAUAUUCGAUGGAGCUCUCAUUUUACCGUAGAAAACGCACCAGUCGAAUUAAAUCAUGGCGAUAAAGUUAUAUUACCUCCCUCAGCUCUGGAACAACUGCUUCAGCAAGUAGGCCCUUCUGGCACAUUGCCUUCACCACUGACGUUUGAGCUACGCCACCCUCAUACAGCAGCCACGAUUCACUGUGGUGUCAAAGAGUUCAGUUCUGAAGACAGCACUAUUCAGCUGCCUGCUUGGAUGAGAGAAUCGCUUGGUCUCAGCAGAGAGGAUCAUGUCUUGAUCAAGCUGUCAUUGCUUCCAAAAGGAACCUUUGCUCGGUUGAAGCCGAUAUCGCACGAUUACAGAGACAUCACAGACUACAGAGCCGCUUUGGAAGCCCAUUUACGAGGACAUUACAACACGUUGAGCAAUGGUCAAACGCUGUCUUGCAGAUAUGGUGGUCGUGUGUAUGAUUUUCAAGUUGUGGAACUGAAGCCUCAAGAUGCAGUUUCUAUCACGGACACAGACCUGGAAGUAGAAAUGGAUCCCAUCACUAGUAUAUCGACAAAGUCCAGUGCAUCAACCUCAAUAGUUCAGCUGAAUCAGCCUGUACUAGCAACGAGCAUUGCAGCAAAACAGUAUCACUAUUGGAAAUUAGAAUUGAAUCAUGCGCAAAAUGUCGUCUUGAAUGUAAAGGUGGAGAGUGGGAAUGCAGACGUUGUGGUUAGUGGCACAGACAAAACACCAACUUUGGACAAUCAUGAAUGGUCAGAUCUAUCCAACGACACUGAACGAAGCAUUCAAAUCAGCAACAUCUCAACAGACGUAUUGUUUGUGGGCAUUCAUGGAUAUACGGAUACAGCGGUGUCAUGGGAGGCGACUGGGAACACGGAUAUGGACAUCAGCACCAAGAAAGAAGAGGAUCAAGCAGAGGAUACAACGGGAAAGGUGCAAUGCAAGAACUGUCACGCAUGGAUCGCUGAAAGAACCCUCAUGUUGCAUGAAGGCUUCUGUUACAGAAACAACGUGGUUUGUGAAUGGGGCUGCGGAAAAGUGUUUAAAAAGGAUAGUCAAGAGUUACAAGAACAUUGGCAUUGCGAUCAAUGCGAUGCUAUCGGGAACGCGCAGGAGAACGGCGAGAGAGAGAAACACAUUGCCUAUUGUCACACACUUAAAACAUGCGUCUGUACCACCUUUACCACACAGUCGUAUGAGGCAUUAGCGGAACACCGUCGCACAACCUGUGCUGAGAAGCUGAUCACUUGCAGAUAUUGUCAUAUUCUGACAGCCCAAGGGGUCGUAUCACUUGAUUCAAGAGACAGAUUACUAGGAUUGCACUCGCAUGAAAGUUAUUGCGGGUCUCGUACGAUAACCUGCCAGAAAUGCAACAAGCCUAUACCCAUCAAAGAUAUCACCGUACAUGCCAAGAUACAUGAUGUUAAACGCCAGCAGCAAAUUUUACCGCCCGUAUGUUGCAAUCGGAAUUGCAUCCGCCCAAAGCAGAAGAACCGACUGUCGUUGUGCCAGUACUGCUUUGGUCCAUUCUGGAUCACUGAGGACGAUCCAAAGAACGCCAAAUUGAUGCAACGAGUGGCUCGCAAACUUCAUUCGCAGUUAACCGUAGGAUGUGGUAAUGCGUGGUGUAGAAACAAGUAUUGCGCAACGAGUACAAAAGACCCAAAAGACGCUACGACCGCUGCAAGUUUAUUAAUCCCAAUGAUUAAACAUUUACCAAAGGAAUUAGCCUCGUAUAAUCCAAAUCCCGAGCUGUACUUUUGCGUAGAUGAAUCAGUGACAAGAAAAAAGGCGCUGGCGGAAUCACUAGCCAGUCAAUUUGGGGGCAAGUAUGAUUUGGGCUGGUGUGUGGUCGCCAUUGAGAGCAGUCAGGAAGAUCCGGACAAAGCUCGAUUAUGGUUAGAUAGAAAUGCACCUAGAAAAAAUGUGAAAUAUUGA